CGCAGUGAAAUUCUGCAGAAAAUGAAGUCUGUCAUAUUGCUCGGAGUACUGAUACUAAUAAACCUACUUGCAAUUGAGUGUUCCAUUGGUGAUGGCACUUCUAAGCCAUUUGUGCGCAGCCGUUACAGCAAACGUUGGCGCAUUGCUACAACUGAGGCAAAUGUCAACAGCAGCACCGCCACAACGGAGCAACAGACGAUUGUAGGAGUGGUCUUGAAAACAGGGGAAACAACUAUACCGAGCAACGUGCCCAAAUUUGAGGAAACAACUGCUGUGGUUAGUGCGUCCAUGCCACUUCGAACCACAACAACUAGUUCAAAAGUUAUAGAGGAACCAGCCAAAAAAACUCUGAGCACCACAACCGAACAUCCAAGACAUAAUGGUCCAAAUGGCUUACCAUUGGACUAUGAUUACUAUGGUAAUGGUGGAGAAAAUUACGAAGAUGCAGGUCAUAAAUAAUUUAACUUACUUUCUAUUCAAUAUUCUUAUCAUUAUGCAACCUUACAACAUUUCUUCAUACAAAUAUACACCUAUAUAACAUAUAAGUAGAAAAACUUGAAA